AUGCUCUACAAGUCCAUCUUGUUGAUCAUAUUGGGUGUCAUUGCUAUCGAAAGCGCCGCCUCCGUACUUCACUGGUCCUUUGGGAACGCAUUGUCGCACGAUUUGCUGAGGCCCGUCGACGCUCCGCCGCAGAAUGAAGACAAUGCGAACCCACAGAAUGUGACAGUGGUUAAACUGGGUUUGACUCCGGAUCAGGCUGCAGCAGACGUGGAGUUUAUUCUAUAUGAUAACGGAGACUGUACAGGCAGUAGCUACACUGAGGAGGCUUCAGGACCUUCCGGUGCUACCUGGUGCACCGAUGUCAGCACGACGUUCAAUGACUUGACAUCCUGUUUCUAUAUCUCUGACGGACUUUCAUGUACUAUGUUUGAGGACGCAAACUGCGCCGGUCAAUCGUUUGCUGCACCCAGCGGAACCUGCGACAACGGUAUCUCAUCCGUUUCCUGUGUGAUACAAUGCAUUUCUGUCGCUGUAUCACUCAUGCGUCAGAUAUCUGGUGCCUCACCCACCUCUUAA